AUGAUAAGACACUCAGACACUCAUUUGCGAAUACGAUUUCUGUUUUUAUUUGAUUUUAAUAAUUGUAUAUCAACUGUUAGUAAUUCACAUUUUAUCUAGCUCUAGUACCUAUCUAUCUAUUUUUAUCAAUAAAUACAGAUCAGAUGCUAAUAUGUCAAAAGUAACAAAAAGGAAACAUGUAAUGAAAGAAGCGCUUUGGGACGAUUAUGAACUGCCCAAACAAAAUCAAAGCAUCGUUAAAGUUCUUAAAAGUAAAGGAAACAAUCUACAUGAGGUUGCAACUCCAAAAGGUGAAGAGUUUCUUGUGUCAAUGCCCACAAAAUUCAGAAAGAACAUUUGGGUCAAAAGAGGUGACUAUAUUCUAGUGGAACCAAUCCUCGAAGGUGACAAGGUUAAAGCCGAAAUUGUGAAGAUCAUGAACAAAGACUCAAUUAAAUAUUACAAAGAGAAUAAUGUAUGGCCAAAAGAAUUUGACGAUUGCAAAAAGGAAGACAUUACUAAAGAAGAUGAUUUGUUUGUAAAUUCAAAUAGAGCUCCAAUGAUUGUUUACGAAAGUGAUAAUGACUCUAGUGAAAAUAGUAGUGACAGUGAUAGUUGACAAUUAUAAACAAUAUAAUAUAAAAUUCUAAGUAUUUUAUUUCCUAGUAAAACACCACAGACCUUAUUGAGAUUAUACUGCAACUUUAAAUAGAAUUACAAUUAUCAAAAUAACAGAACUGAUAAGGUACAACCAACAUAAUUAAUAAUU